UGAACACGUCAGAACAUAAGAAAUCCGGUGGACAAGAAGAUCCACCAAUGAAAAUGGUGGUGCUUAUUAAAUGUUCCAUUUUCUCUUCUUUGUCUGUUUGUUCCUUCACCGAAAUUGAUACCUCCAGAAGAAGGAAGAAAAAUAGGAACUUUAUGAUAGUGAAUUAACUGAAAAGAAACAAAAAUAUCAAGCUAAGAGUGCACGCUAAGUGUUUGCUCUUUUUCCACCUUUCUUUUGUGUAUUAACAGGCCAAACCAACAAUUUGGCAGUAGAACCAAACUCCUUGUUUUUCUCAUAAAGGGUCCACAAGAAUUUGAUUAAAGAUUGGUUUGACAAUUUAAGAGACUCUGAUUCUGAUUCUUGUCAUUGUGCUUCUUCUUGCUACUCCUCUACCAGUUAUUGUUUCAUAUCAUAGAUGGCGGCAAUAUUGGCUUCUCAAAGCUGUUAUUGCCGCAGAGGGGAAUUGAUAAAUCAUGGAAGCAACGUAAACAAACUAAGUUUUUCAGGCUCAAUCUCUAGCCUAUUUUUGUCGAAAUUUGAUAGAGAAUCUGUUAAAUCACCUAGAAAGAUUCACCGGCUUAAAGUGCAAAUGCAACAGACUGAGUCCCCUGAAAAAGUAGGUAUAAAUGGCCGUCCAGUUAAAAUGGUACCUACAAGUGAAGUGACAAAGAGAAUGGCACCAUCUGUAAACGGUUCUGUGAUUGUUAAUGGUUCCACACAGAGAAUCAAUGGGUCAAAUCUAGUUAAGCGGGUUCCUACUCCAGUCCCUAUAAAGAAACAAAAAUCUAAAGAACUUCUGCCUGCUGAAGAUCUAAAGGUUUUACCUUCAGAUGAAGGUUUCAGCUGGGCUAAUGAGAAUUAUAACUCCAUCCAAAGAAGUGUAGAUGUGUGGUCCUUUGUCCUUUCGCUACGGGUGCGUGUUUUCUUGGACAAUGCAAAAUGGACAUAUGUGAGUGGCUUUACUGAAGAUAAACAGAAAACCAGAAGACGUGGAACAGCUUCAUGGUUAAGAGAAUGUGUCCUGCAGCUUGGUCCUACGUUUAUCAAACUUGGGCAGUUAUCAUCUACUAGAUCUGAUUUAUUUCCUCGAGAAUUUGUUGAUGAGCUUGCUAAGUUGCAGGACAGAGUACCUGCCUUCUCCCCCGAGAAAGCAAAAGAAUUUAUUAAAAAGGAACUGGGAGUUCCAGUUGAUAUUUUGUAUAAGGAGUUUGAAGAUCAACCCAUUGCAGCAGCUAGUCUUGGUCAGGUGCACCGGGCUAUCUUACAUAACGGAGAGAAAGUUGUUGUAAAAGUUCAGAGACCCGGCCUAAAGAAACUAUUUGACAUUGAUCUGAGAAAUUUAAAGUUGAUUGCGGAGUACUUUCAGAAAAGUGAAACUCUUGGUGGUCCAACUCGUGACUGGAUAGGAAUAUAUGAAGAGUGUGCUAAGAUAUUGUAUGAGGAAAUUGAUUAUAUAAAUGAGGGGAAGAAUGCUGAUAGAUUUCGUCGGGACUUUCGGAACAUAAAGUGGGUCCGAGUGCCUUUGGUGUACUGGGACUAUACAGCAACAAAGGUUUUGACUCUGGAAUACGUUCCAGGGAUAAAGAUCAACCAGUUGGAUAUGAUAAAUUCACGGGGUUAUAGCCGAUCCCGAAUUGCAUCUCGUGCCAUAGAAGCCUAUUUAAUUCAGAUACUGAAGACUGGGUUUUUCCAUGCUGAUCCACAUCCAGGGAAUCUUGCAAUUGAUGUUGACGAAGCUUUAAUCUAUUAUGAUUUCGGUAUGAUGGGAGACAUCAAGAGUUUCACAAGAGAGAGAUUACUGGGACUUUUUUAUGCUGUCUACGAAAAGGAUGCAAAAAAGGUUAUGCAAGGGCUUAUUGAUCUGGAAGCACUUCAGCCUACAGGAGACAUGUCAGCUGUGAGGAGAUCUAUUCAGUUUUUCUUGGAUAACUUGUUGAACCAAAGACCAGAUCAGCAGCAGACUUUGGCUGCAAUUGGUGAGGAUUUGUUUGCAAUAGCAACUGAUCAACCAUUCCGUUUUCCUUCAACUUUUACAUUUGUGAUCAGGGCAUUUUCCACUCUAGAAGGGAUCGGCUAUAUAUUGGAUCCUGAUUUCUCCUUCCCUAAGAUUGCUGCACCAUAUGCGCAGGAGCUCUUGGACUUGAGACAGCAGCAGCGCAGUGGUCCACAACUUGUUCAGGAAAUAAGGAAACAGGCUGAUGAUGCACGGACAUCCACCAUUUCCAUGCCUUACAGAGUUCAGCAGAUAGAAGAGAUCGUUAAACAGCUUGAGUCCGGAGAUCUGAAACUCAGAGUUCGGGUCCUCGAGUCCGAGAGAGCAGCUCGGAAAGCUACAAUUCUUCAAAUGGCGACCAUGUACACAGUUAUCGGGGGUACCCUCCUAAACCUUGGUGUCACUUUUACCAGUCAAGGCAGUCAAAUAUUUGCAAAUGGAUCUUUUAUUGGUGCAGGUGUUUUCCUGACUCUCUUGAUUAGGUCCAUGCAAAGAGUGAACAAACUUGAUAAAUUUGAAAAAAUGAUUUAAGUCAUUAUACAUUUCCUCCCCUCCCCCCCCCCCCCCCCCCUCCUUUUGGCUUCAUUUUUCCUUUUUUUAUUUUUGUAAAAAAUAUUUUUGUGGGGGAGAGAGGGAGGGGCCAGGGAACUGAAAUGUGAUUUCUUGCCAUAUUUAGGAACCAUUUUUAUUAUGUGGUGCAAGCAUACUUGUACCAAAAAUUAAAUUGGGAAAUGGGAUAAUAGUGUUCCUCAUGUUUGUAACUAUGUUCAUAUUCUUGUAUAGGAAUAAAAUUUAUAUGCUUCAAAUUAAGGAA